CUCCAGCCUGGUGGAUGGCAGCGACCCCUCCACUCACCGUGACCUCUUGGGGGUGAGCAGGUCGUACUCCACCUGGUGUUUGAGGGGAAUGAGGGGCCGGAUGGCAUCAAACAGCGGCAGGCGGCUGGGCUCGUUGAUGACCAGUUUCAGGUCCCCCACCAACACUGACAGCUCCAUGGACCUGAUGGAGAGAGCAGAGGGUCAGAGGACAGCUCAACACACACACACACACAUGCUUGACGGAAGCACACACACACACACUGUGUCACUGCACAAUAAUCUUAGAGAGAGGGAGACGUUUUGAACGCCUUUCUUUAUCAUUUUUUUUUUUUUACAUGACUUUGAGGACAAAGUGACUCAAAGCAGCGUACAGAACAACUAGGACAGAACAGUAUGAUAAACACCACACCCUUAUGGGUCAUCAAGGAUUCCAAGAAUGUGCAAUCAACCUAUCAAUGGGAACAAAUAGGCCUAUGACCUAUGACUAUUAAUUAUUAACGUUCACCAUUUCACUCCUGACUCGUGUAUGAAAGUGGAAAUGGCUUUUGUGAAUAGCUGGCCAGGCUUGGCGGAGCACAAUGGAAAACUGAACAUAGGUCUAACCAAUGGGGUCUUAGGGCUCUGGCUCCACAAGAGCACAUGGAAACCAGCACCUCUAACUUCCCAUUCAGUCCACAUUAACAUCACAGUCCUGAAUGAAACCUUAUCUUCCAACAUAAAAUACCUGUAUACACACACAAGCACGCACACAAGCAUGCACACACACAUACACACACACACACACACACACACACACACACACACACACACACACACAGGAGACUUAACCCUCCUAUUAUACAUAAAUGUGUAAUUUGAGAGAAAUCAAGACAUUUGCUUUGACCAUUUCCAUCUUGGUUGAAAUAGAAGUGACAGAAAAAAGUAUAGUAGUACACUACUAACAACUACUACUACUAACUACUAACAAUUGAUUAAUCUAGUACUGGCAGAGUACACUACUAACAAAUACUACUAACUACUAACAAUUGAUUUAUCUAGUACUGGCAGAGUACACUACUAAUAAUACCCAAAUAAAGGAUCAGCAAACUGAAAUCAGUUAAGGGAAGAAAAUGUAACAACUGUGGUGAAAAUAGGUUGUCCUGAAAAUUACAAACAAGUCAAUAAUUUAGCACUAAACUAAUGUGAAAGUCAGACAGAGAUGGUGGUACUCACUUGUGGUACAUCCGCAGGACAUCGUACAGGUAAUCCUUUUCUGCCUCAUUGUCAAUGAGCAGCUCCACCUAGACAACAAAUACAUCUUCAUCAUCAUCCUCAUCCUCAUCAUCACAGACAAGAUGGCAGCUGCCACAGGCAGAGAAGGCUGCAGAUACUUACUAACACAUCCCUCUCAACUGUGGUCCUUUCACCACGGCAUGGGGCAUGCACUCUAGCCCUAGGUGUGUGUGUGUGUGUGUGUGUGUGUGUGUGUGUGUGUGUGUGUGUGUGUGUGUGUGCGUGUGUGUGUGCGUGUGUGCGUUUGUGUGCCUAUAAAAGUGUUAGCAUCAAUAGUAUCUCUGCUCUAUUGUUGAUGCUGGUGGCAGAAGGCCAGAUAGCUUUCCCUCUUUCUAGAUCCUUUCUCCUGUGAAGUGGCCGGCUCUUACUAUGACUCUGGGCUGGGAGCCACUCUUAUGCCACCGGACUGGGGAGAGGGAGUGAGGGAGUGAGACGGAGGGGAGAGGUUGGAGGGGGGUUUGGAAUAGUGAGGUGAGAAAUACAACCUUACAGUACAACCCUGAGACAAGAGGUCCACCACCAUACAAAAAAAAGUAUUAGAGAUACACUCACACACACACACACACACACACACACACAGUCUUGUACAACUAACCUUGUGGGGACACAAAAUUCAGUCCCAUUCAAAUUCUUAUUUUCCCUACCCCCUAACCAUAACCCUAACCCUAACCCUAACCUUAACCCCAAAACCUAACCUUAAUCCUAACCCUAAACCUAACCCUGGCUCCUAACCCUAAAACUAACUCUAGCUCCUAACCCUAACCCUAAUUCUAACCCUAACACUAAUUUUUACCUUAACCCUACCCCCCUAGAAAUAGCAUUUGACCUUGUGGGGACUUCUGGUCCCCACAAGCAUAGUUAAACACGUCCACACACACACGCAAGCACACACACACACCUAGAUACACAUUACCGCACACAAGCACAAACAUGCAAAGGUUGCUGGGUGUAUGCCGGUUUAUAGUGUUGUAAAGCUCUCUAACUCAACAUUGAGAGACAAGGUAAGCAAUGUGACUAUGUGUAGACUUUGGCCACAUAAACUGAUGAAGCAGAUCAUAAAGCACCACCCACAGAACACUGGGUAGUCCGGGAACAUGGACCAACACACAGCUUAUUCUCAAACAUUCAACAAAAGCACAGGGGUGAAUACAACACACAUUAAUGUCAAAUCAGCUAUAAGAGAGAUUAAAGGGCCCACUUCAAUCCAACAUUAGCCUAUAUUCACCUCUAAAAGACAAAUCAAAUGAGUUGUUGUUGCUCAUGCCUGCCUGCCUGCCUGCCUGCUCUCUCCUUCUCUAAUUGCUGCUGUAAAUUGUCCCUUCCUUUCAGCUGUGUUGGACAUCCCUGACACUGACUAAAUUAUCAAAUGGGGAGCGACCCAGUGACAGCCUACAACAUUGAGGCCAGAUGGCUAGGGAUCCACAUUACGGAGGAUUGAACCCAAAUGUAUCACGUUCCCUUUACACAGUUUAUGUUUUGACAUUAUUACCCGGAUACUGUAACCUGCAUUUGGGAAAUGAACAAGUGUAUGCCUACGUAGGCCUACAAAAUGCAUCAUUGGUAUAUUUGUGUUGGGAUCAAGAAUGACCAACAAACAAAAUAGAAGUUGGAAAACCCAGACGAACUUUCUACGAUACACAUAGUGCACAAAGACUAACCAAUCAAGAACGCCGACACACAGGCCAUAUGUCAUCAUGAUAUACUGUAGCCUAGUUUAUCUGUACAGACUCUCCCGAUCAUCUAAAUGUAUGUUACUGUAUAGCCCAUACACACAUACAGUGUUAAAAAGGAAUAUAUUCAAUUAAAUAUCCUUACAUAUGAGGGGGCAACGUUUUAAUCUUACAGAGAAUGAAGUUGUAUUACAGUUGUAUAACACAAACAGCCUAAUUUCACAAUUGUGAAAUAAAGGAUGAAACAAUGCAAUAAAAAUCCAAGACAGAACUUGUGUUAGUCCUAUACUAAUUAGUUCUCAACACCUAUCAAUACAUAAUAAACGCAUUUAAAGACUGCUGUGUAAGUAAAAGCGUUACCCCAAUAGGGUUCAGAGUACAUCAUACUUUGAUGACAGCCAAAGAGAACUGAAACACCAAUUGCUUUGCUUAACACAUUAUGCAAAUAUUUCAUUCUUAAGUUCUUACCUUGUGCUUAAAUUCUCGAGCUACUUUUCGUUCCAUUUUCGACAACAAAAAAAACGGUGCCACCGACCAGCGUUCAAUCGACAGUUCCCUACCAACAGUGGCGCUACCGAUAAUGAACGCUGGGUGGUAGAUGCGUGACACCAGUGGCCCUAUUUAGAGAAUAGCUCCGGGUAACAGUUGCUCAGGAGCAGGUCUAGGAUCAGCGUACACUCCCCAAAUCAUAACCUCAAUUGACAGGGUUAUGAAUGCAAAUAAUUCAUAGCAUAGGCCUUAUGCCACCACCUCUACUACUACUGUACAUUUAGGUUAUUUAACAUAUGAUAAACUAGUGCCUGUGGCAAUUACGUUUUAGGCCUAAUUGUCUAUGACAAAUAAAAAACAUAGUUAGGCUUAUAUAUCACUAUUUCCUUAUGGGCUACCUUAAAACAGUGAUGUUGCUACAUCAAAUGAAAUGCAGAAAUUGGUGCACAAGUCCAGCCGGCCACACAAUGUUUCAAUUCACUACAAAGAACAGUAGGUGGCGGUAGAGCAUCGCUACUCGAAUCACACUGCACUUCUUUUUUUCUCCGAAGAAAGACAUUUGUAAACUUCCGGUAUCUCAAGCGGCAGACAGUUAGAAGUUUCAUGAAACAGUAAAAGGUAACGAGAAAACGAAUGUCAAUGUUUAAAACAGAAUCAUUGUUGAAAUAAUGCCAUCUGAUAUGGCACUCAAACCUGAGCGUUGUACUGUUAUCCAUCGGUGUUAGCUAGCUAACGCAAGCUAAUUUGACUGGCGAAUGUUUUUGAGACUUGUUUGUGAAGUGAGUGCACUGUUGCGUUGUUCUAGCUGGCAGCUCACUUUGUUAGAACGAACGAACUAGCAAGCAAACGAUUGUAUUUCAUCAAUACAUUUAAUAGACACAAAUCGCUACCUAGCUGGGUAACCAAGUGCAACCAGUGGUGGUGGUAGCCAGCUACAGUAGCGUUGUGCAGUUUCAAACUCACCGCGUCCCUUGCCACGCAGGCGCUUAGCAACGACGGGAAGGCUACCCUGAAUGAAUUACACAGGAGAGCGGCCAGACACCUGUUACUCAAUUUGGGAAUUACAUUGUUUUGAGAGGUCCUGUUACAGUGUUAGCAUCUCUUAGACUAGAUGCUUUCCUGUGGGCAACUGAACACCCAGUAUCAUGGCACAAGUCACAACAACAGAUAGCUGCUAUAAUGCCCUACUUAAAACCUACCAGGCUUCCACGCAGAUCAUAACAAUCAUCUAACUGUGUCUCAAAUUGAACAAUAUAUGUAUUACAAGUCAAUAUUGUAAAUCUGUUUCAGGUCAACAUGAUGGAGUCACCUCCAACAAGAGAAAGGUAAGUAAAGUGGUCCUCUGUAGCUCAAUUGGUAGAGCAUGGCGCUUGUAACGCCAGGGUAGUGGGUUCGAUCCCUGGGACCAUCCAUACGUAAAAAUGUAUGCACACAUGACUGUAAGUCGCUUUGGAUAAAAGCCUCUGCUAAAUGGCAUAUUAUUAUUAUUAUAAAGGCUACCUGUAUUGUGUUGUUUAAUUGUUUCCUCUAUCAGAUAACAUAAUUGUAGUGACCAACUCUGACGAAUCCACUAAAGUCAAGAAACCUAGUAACUGUAAUCACAGAAUACUUAACAUUAUUGUGUCUAAUCCCCCUACGGCUCCUACUCUAAUCUGACUCUAAGGAAUUGUUCCUAGAUUGGUUUUAUCUUUGUUAGCUUAGUGGGAUAAUUUCCUAUUUUCUGGGUUGUCUUCCCUUCCAGGCCGACGGGCCGCACCCCUGGGGUGGAGGACUCUCCCCUGCCCCCCAUCACGGAGCGUCUGGCCUACCUGCGCCCCUCCAGAGAGCUGCUGGAGUUCUACAGGGGGAAGAUUGCCCAGUUUGAUGGAGAACACGAUGACCUGAUGCAGAUGCUGGAGAAGUACAGAGGCACCACAGAGGACCAGGUAAACUGUGUGUGUGGUGGGAGGGGGCAUGCAUGCAGACAGAGCAACUGAUGAGUGUGUUUUAAUCCCCUGUCUCUCCCUGCCCUCCCAGCACAAGCUGCAGUGGGAGGUGCGCCAGCGCGAGGGGGAGAUCUCUGAGCUGCAGAAGGCUUUGAGCGACAUGCAAGUGUACCUCUUCCAGGAGAGGGAACAGGCCCUGCGUCUGUACGCAGAGAAUGACAGGCUCAAGAUCAGGUGAGCUCUCAUUUGAUUCACAAUUACACUUUACAAUUGCUAUUGACAUUUCCAGCUUUAGACAUGAAAAACAUGAAAGUUGAAGGUUUUAUGUUGUCUUUGUGUUCAGAGAGCUGGAGGACAGGAAGAAAAUCCAGCAUCUGUUAGCCCUGGUGGGGCCAGACACUGGGGAGAUCACCUACUUCCACCGUGACCCUCCUCACAAGGUCAGGGGUCACAGUCUCACUUCAGGACCUAUUCUACCCCAUUGUCUUAUUUUACAUUACAUGACUUCGGACAGGGAUCGAUAUCUAGUUGGCGGCUUACAGUUAGGGAAAAAAGUAUUUGAUCCCCUGCUGAUUUUGUACGUUUGCCCACUGACAAAGAAAUGAUCAGUCUAUAAUUUUAAUGGUAGGUUUAUUUGAACAGUGAGACAGAAUAACAACAAAAAAAUCCAGAAAAACACAUGUAAAAAAUGUUAUAAAUUGGGAAAUAAGUAUUUGACCCCUCUGCAAAACAUGACUUAGUACUUGGUGGCAAAACCCUUGUUGGCAAUCACAGAGGUCAGACGUUUCUUGUAGUUGGCCACCAGGUUUGCACACAUCUCAGGAGGGAUUUUGUCCCACUCCUCUUUGCAGAUCUUCUCCAAGUCAUUAAGGUUUCGAGGCUGACGUUUGGCAACUCAAACCUUCAGCUCCCUCCACAUAUUUUGUAUGGGAUUAAGGUCUGGAGACUGGCUAGGCCACUCCAGGACCUUAAUGUGCUUCUUCUUGAGCCACUCCUUUGUUGCCUUGGCCGUGUGUUUUGGGUCAUUGUCAUGCUGGAAUACCCAUCCACGACCCAUUUUCAAUGCCCUGGCUGAGGGAAGGAGGUUCUCACCCAAGAUUUGACGGUACAUGGCCCCGUCCACCGUCCCUUUGAUGCGGUGAAGUUGUCCUGUCCCCUUAGCAGCAAAACACCCCCAAAGCAUAAUGUUUCCACCUCCAUGUUUGACGGUGGGGAUGGUGUUCUUGGGGUCAUAGGCAGCAUUCCUUCUCCUCCAAACACGGCGAGUUGAGUUGAUGCCAAAGAGCUCGAUUUUGGUCUCAUCUGACCACAACACUUUCACCCAGUUCUCCUCUGAAUCAUUCAGAUGUUCAUUGGCAAACUUCAGACGGGCCUGUAUAUGUGCUUUCUUGAGUGGGGGGACCUUGCGGGCGCUGCAGGAUUUCAGUCCUUCACGGCGUAGUGUGUUACCAAUUGUUUUCUUGGUGACUAUGGUCCCAGCUGCCUUGAGAUCUUUGACAAGAUCCUCCCGUGUAGUUCUGGGCUGAUUCAUCACCGUUCUCAUGAUCAUUGCAACGCCACGAGGUGAGAUCUUGCAUGGAGCCCCAGACCGAGGGAGAUUGACAGUUCUUUUGUGUUUCAUCCAUUUGUGAAUAAUCGCACCAACUGUUGUCACCUUCUCACCAAGCUGCUUGGCGAUGGUCUUGUAGCCCAUUCCAGCCUUGUGUAGGUCUACAAUCUUGUCCCUGACAUCCUUGGAGAGCUCUUUGGUCUUGGCCAUGGUGGAGAGUUUGGAAUCUGAUUGAUUGAUUGCUUCUGUGGACAGGUGACUUUUAUACAGGUAACAAACUGAGAUUAGGAGCACUCCCUUUAAGAGUGUGCUCCUAAUCUCAGCUCGUUACCUGUAUAAAAGACACAUGGGAGCCAGAAAUCUUUCUGAUUGAGAGGCGGUCAAAUACUUAUUUCCCUCAUUAAAAUGCAAGUCAAUUUAUAACAUUUUUGACAUGCGUUUUUCUGGAUUCUGUUGUUGUUAUUCUGUCUCUCACUGUUCAAAUAAACCUACCAUUAAAAUUAUAGACUGAUCAUUUCUUUGUCAGUGUGCAAACGUACAAAAUCAGCAGGGGAUCAAAUACUUUUUUCCCUCACUGUACAUGACUAUUGCCUGUCUGUCUGCUGUGCUGUAGGUUACCAUAGCCCAGAAGGAGCUUGAGCCCAGGAUUCUGGACCAUCGGAAGACGGCAAAGUCAAGAACUGGAUCUGCAAAAGGUUGAAGAAAAUUUCCGUGACUUGAUAAAUAUAUUUUUGGGGUAUACAUAUUUAGAUGUAUCUGUUGGUUUGAGAUAUUGCAGAAGGUUUAUAAGUAAAAAUCAUUCUAGAUGGCAUUUGAUCAGGGCCGGCCCCAGGCAUAAGCGACAUAGGCGACCGUUGAGGUCUCAACUUACUGUUGAUAGUUAGAAUAGUAGAAUACACAAGGUGCAAUUCCGAAAUUUGGUUGUGGAUUAGCAGUUUUCUUCUUAUGUCAGUCACUGACAAUCACUCAAUUAGCCCAUGUCAACUCUAACGUUUUAGAUUGGUAAGUUAGUCUAGCCAGCUAUCUAAACUUAUCGUAAUCAUGGUCGAAUUACCGACCGGGCAUCCAGGGCACGUGCCCAGGGGCCCUGACCUCCAGGGGGCCCCCAUUUGAUUUUGUUAUUCACUCUCCCUCAGAUAUCAUAUCAGCAUGGGAUAAGUCAUGGCAAUGUGUAGAAUUGCAGGAAAGUAGCUGUAAAACUGCACAUUUUUCUCUCCGACCAACGCAGAAAUUAGUAGAAUACCAUAAAAUUAGUUAUAAAAUAGCACAAUUUUCUCUCCGUCCCAUGGCAAAAAUGUGUGGGCUAGGGCUGGCCCUGCAUCUCAUAACAAUUUGCUCUACCUAAGAGUUGAAAGAUGUUCCCUACGUAAGAUAAACCUAAGCCUAAGGAGGGGAGCUACUAAAAUCAAAUGUAGUAAAUAGGAUCACAGUGGGCUCUUAGCACAUCAGUUUAGGGAAAUGUGGAAUAAUCCGUUUUGGGAGUGCAAUAUUUUCCUGACUGUGGCACUUAGCCUUGGUUCUGUCUGUGAGCAGAGGGAAGCCGGGCGUCCAGAUCAGUGGGAGUGGUGAAUGGAGAAAGCCCAGAGCAGUACAGAAGAGACAACCAGACCUUACUGCUACAGGUAGUACGACACACACUCACAAGCAACUCCUUUAGCUCCUUGAACACUCUUGCUGUAAGUUGAACUGGUGUAAUGUGCAGGUGGAGGCGCUGCAGGCUCAGAUGGAGGAGCAGACUCGUCUGUCCAAAGAGCAGGUGGAGUCUCUGCUGGAGGACAGGAGGAUCCACGUGGAGGAGGGACAGGUCCAGCACCAGAGAGACCAGGACCGCAUCACCGCACUCACUGACAAGUAUGCUAACUACCUACUAUACUGUACUCUUCAUAUCACUACUACCUUUCAUAUUUCUCCACCCCACAUACUGUACCAUGAAAUGAUAUGUAAGAGAGAGAUGUCUCUACUAGAGAGGCCAGGACUGCAUCACUACUCUUACUGUCAAGGUGGGUUCACAUUUGGGAUGGGUAUGAGUACUCCAACUGACGUCAAAACUCCAUCUUUAACCAGAGAUCGAAAUUUUGACUUGAAGACAACGUUAAUUUGCUUUGACUCUAGUGUUCCAUUUGUUCAUGUGCAUUUGCGGGGCACAACAAAAAAUUAACCAAGCAAAUCAUCACACAGUUCUUCUCCCUAAAUUCCCUUUCCCCUCUGUCUCACUCACUCACUCAAUUGCGUUCCGACAGAUUCCUAUACACACAUGUGCUGAGUGCGUACACAAGCUCCCGUUAGGCCUACAGAAAUACAGUGCCUUCAGAAAGUAAUUGUACCUCUUGACUUAUUCCACAUUUUGUUGUUAAAGCCUGAAUUCAAAAUGGAUUAAAUAUUAUUUUUUUUCACACACAAUUCCUCAUAAUGACAGUGAAAAUAUGUUUUUAGAAAUGUUUGCAAAUGUUUUGAAAAUUACAUUAAAUUUUUUUAUUUUAGUCAUUUAGCAGACGCUCUUAUCCAGAGCGACUUACAGUAGUGAGUGCAUUACAUUUUCAUACUUUUUUCGUACUGGUCCCCCGUGGGAAUCAAACCCCCACCCUGGCGUUGCAAGCGCCAUGCUCUACCCACUGAGCUACAUGGGACUAAAUUAAAUAUCUAAUUUAAAAGUAUUCACACCCCUUUGCUGUGACACCCAAAUUAAGCUCAGGUGCAUCACAUUUCCUUUGAUCAUCCUUGAGAUGCCACUACACCUGUUGCCAAUUCAAUUGUUUGGACAUGAUUUAGAAAGAAACACACCUGUCUAUAUAAGGUCCCACAGUUGACAGUCCAUGUCAGAGCGGAAACUUUACCAUGAAGUCCAAGGAAGUGUCCGAAGAUCUUUGAGAUGUGUGGCAUGUAUCUGGGGAAAUGUAUAAAACAAUUUCUAGAGUUUAGAAAGUUUCCAAGAGCAUAGUGGUCGCCAUCAUUGGGAAAUUGAAAAAAUAUGAAACUACCCAGACUCUGCCUAGAGCUGGCCGUCCGACCAAACUGAGCAACAGGGCAAGAAGAACCUUGGUCAGGGAGGUGACCAAGAACCCAAUGAGCACUCUGACAGAACUACAGAGUUCCUUGGCUGAGAUGGGAGAACCUGCCAGAAGGACAACAGUCUCUACAGCACUUCACCAAUCAGGACUUUAUGGGAGAGUGGCCAGAUGGAAGCCACUCCUGAGAAAAAGGCACAUGACAGCAUGCCUGGAGUUAGCAAAAAAGCAUGUGAAAGACUGAGAUAGUAAUGCAAAAGAUUCUGUAGUCAGAUUUAUACUUUUUUUUAAACUCUAUGGCCUGAAUGCAAAGUGCUAUGUCUGGAGAACCAGGCACAGCUCAUCACCCAUCUAACACCAUCCCUACCGGGAAGCACGGUGGUGGCAGCAUCAUGCUAUGGGGAAGCUUUUCAGUGGCAGGGACUGGGAGACUGGUAAGGAUAGAGGACACAAUGAAUGGAGCCAAGUACAGGCAUAUCCUUGAUGAGAACCUGUUUCGGAGUAGAAAGACGACCUUAGACUUGGGCGAAGACUUACAUUCCUACAGGACAAUGACCCCAAGUAUACAGCCUUUUUUUACAUUUUAGUCAUUUUAGCAGACGCUCUUAUCCAGAGUGCAUACAUUAUUUAUUUAUUUUCAUACUGGCCCCCCGUGGGAAUCGAACCCACAACCCUGGCGUUGCAAACGCUAUGCUCUACCAACUGAACUUCAGAACAAGAAUGUGAAUGUCCUUGAGUGGCCCAGCCAAAGCCCAGACUUGAAUCCCAUUUGAAAAUCUAUGGAAAGACUUGAAGAUUGCUGUUGACCGCCGCUCCCCAUCAUAAUUAACAGAGCUUGAGAAAAUUCUCAAGGGAGAAGGGAGAAAAUCCCCAAAUCCAGAUGUGCAAAGCUGAUACAGACAUACUCAAGACUACUCAAAGCUGUAAUCGCCAAAGGUGCUCAGGGGUGUGAAUACUUAUGUAAAUUAGAUAUUUCUGUAUUUUUAAUACAUUUGCAAAACAUUCUCAAAAAAUGUUUUCACUUUGUCAUUAUGGGGUAUUGUGUGAAGAUGGGAGAAAAAUUAAUCUAAUCCAUUUAGAAUUCAGGCUGUAACACAACAAAUGUGGAAUAAGUCAAGGGGCAUGAAUACUUUCUGAAAGCACUGUAAAUGUCUAUAAAAACUAUCUAACUGAUGGGAUACACAAGCUUGCCAAAAGACGACAGUUUAAUCACAUUCAAAAUUGACUGGUUGACUGAGGUAGGGAAAUAUGUGUUCCAACAACGAGAGCUGCAGUUUUGAAAUAUUUGCAUCCUGUCUAUUUUCUGCUUAGGCUACUUUCCCAAGUGCUAGUGCCAUUUAGAACCCCCCUAAACAUAGACGGUGAAAAUAGACAGAGCGUAUUUUCAUCAGAAUCAUUAGCCUAGGCCUACUCACCAAACAGAUGUUGUGGCCAUAAUUCAUCCCCAUGCAGUGUUCAAUGUGGAAUUGUUAAUCCAUUUGUAAAAUUCCAAAGAACAGGCUAAAUAUACUAAAUUGAACGUCUGUAUAUCGAAAAUAAGACAUGAAAAAACUGUCUUUGAACUCGCCAAAUUGAGUCCCGUUUCAAAUUAUAACUCUUUGAGAAUAACUGUUUCGACGCGAGAUGCGCAUCACUUCGUACUGUCAACUUUUUUUCAUUUGGAAAAAUAUUAUGUACCAUUUUAUUCUGUUAUAUUCAAUGAUGUAUAUAAACCCUGGUGCUGAUGCUAUGUAUUGGCCAUUAAGAGGCUUGGAAGCCACUGGACAUCCAUAUUGGCACUCCCCAGCAGGAGCAGUCCUCCAUAGGAAUGAAUGGAAUUCUACAGUAUUUCAAUUAAAUGUUUCAAGGACAAAAUUACAUUGUAUUUAAGUAUUUUUGUUGUUGUAGUGGGGACAGUAACAAUAGUACUCUCUAAAAAUAUACUUUAAGGAACAGUAUAUACAGUGCCAGUCAAGUUUGGACACACCUACUAUACAUUGUAGAAUAAUAGUGAAGACAUCAAAACUAUGAAAUAACACAUAUGGAAUCAUGUAGUAACCCAAAAAGUGUUAACCUCUUAAGGAUCGGACCCCUUUUUUCAAUUUUCGCCUAAAAUGACAUGCCCAAAUCUAAAUGCCUGUAGCUCAGGAGCUGAAGCAAGGAUAUGCAUAUUAUUGAUACCAUUUGAAAGGAAACACUUUGAAAUGUGAAAUUAAUGUAGGAGAAUAUAACACAUAAGAUCUGGUUAAAGAUAAUACAAACCAAAAAACAUGUUUUUUUGUUUUGUUUUUUUUCAUCUUUGAAAUGCAAGAGAAAGGCCACAAUAUAAUAUUGCAGUUUAGACGCAAUUUAGAUAUUGGCCACUAGAUGGUAGCAGUGUGUGUGCAAAGUUUCAGAUUGAUCCAGUGAAGCGUUGCAAUACUGGACAAUUUUGUAUCAAGUCUGCCCAAAUGUGCCGAAUUGGUCAGAUGAUAUAUUUUCAAGUACAUAACUAUAGAGAACAUACAAAAAUGAUAUGGUAAUACAAAAUGUAAGUUUAUACACUCCCAGGAAUGUCAUACAUGAUGGAUCAUUAGCUUAUACACUAACUUUCACAUAUCUAGAUGGCCGGGCGGGGUGGGUGUGGAGCCAGAGACAGCAGGGGUUCAAACUACAUAUUCCUACAUUUGAAAAUAAAAAUAGAUUUUAUCAAACAAAACUAUGCAACAUUUUAUCUCUGGGACCCUUAGGAUGACAAAUCAGAGCAAGAUUACUGAAUGUAAGUACAUUAUUUACCUUCAGAGGUGAAUGUAUCAAACCAGUUGCCGUGAUACAUUUUUUGUUGAUGUGCACUCUCCUCAAACAAUGGCAUGGUAUUUUUUCACUUUAAUAGCUACUGUAAAUUGGACAGUGCAGUUAGAUUAGCAAGAAUCUAAGCUUCCUGCCCAUAUAAGACAUGUAUAUGUCCUGGAAAGUUUGCUGUUACUUACAACAGUCAUGCUAAUCAUAUUAACGCACGUUAGCUCAACCGUCCCUUAUACGGGACACCGAUUCCGUAGAGGUUAAACAAAUCAAAAUAUAUUUUAUAUUUGAGAUUCUUCAAAGGAGCCACCCUUUGCCUUGAUGACAGCUUUGCACACGCUUGCCAUUCUCUCAACCAGCUUCAUGAGGUAGUCACCUGGAAUGCAUUUCAAUUAACAGGUGUGCCUUGUUAAAAGUUAAUUUGUGGAAUUUCUUUCCUCCUUAAUGCGUUUGAGCCAAUCAGUUUUGUUGUGACAAGGCAGGGUUGGUAUACAGAAGAUAGCCCUAUUUGGUAAAAGACCAAGUCCAUAUUAUGGCAAGAACAGCUCAAAUAAGUAAAGAGAAAUGACAGUCCAUCAUUACUUUAAGACAUGAAGGUCAGUCAAUGCGGAAAAUGUCAAGAACUUUGAAAGUUUCUUCAAGUGCAGUCUCAAAACCAUCAAGCGCUAUAAUGAAACUGGCUCUCAUGAGGACCGCCACAGGAAAGGAAGACCCAGAGUUACCUCUGCUGCAGAGGAUAAGUUCAUUAGAGUUACCAGCCUCAGAAAUCAGCAAUUAACUGCACCUCAGAUUACAGCCCAAAUAAAUGCUUCACAGAGUUCAAGUAACAGACACAUCUCAACAUCAACUGUUCAGAGGAGACUGCGUGAAUCAGGCCUUAAUGGUCGAAUUGCUGCAAAGAAACCACUACUAAAGGACACCAAUACGAAGAAGAGACUUGCUUGGGCCAAGAAACACGAGCAAUGGACAUUAGACCGGUGGAAAGCUGUCCUUUGGUCUGAUGAGUCCACAUUUGAGAUUUUUGGUUCUAACCGCCGUGUCUUUGUAAGACACAGAGUAGGUGAACGGAUUAUCUCCGCAUGUGUUGUUCCAACCGUGAAGGAAUGGAGGAGGAGGUGUGAUGGUGUGGGUGUGCUUUGCUGGUGACACUGUCUGUGAUUUAUUUAGAAUUCAAGGCACACUUAACCAGCAUGGCUACCACAGCAUUUUGCAGCAAUACACCAUCCCAUCUGGUUUGCGCUUAGUGGGACUAUCAUUUGUUUUUCAACAGGACAAUGACCCAAAACACACCUCCAUGCUGUGUAAGGGCUAUUUGACCAAGAAGGAGAGUGAUGGAGUGCUGCAUCAGAUGACCAGGCUUCCACAAUCACCCGACAACCCAAUUGAGAUGGUUUGGGAUUAGUUGUGGUCAUCUGUAGCUCAGCUGGUAGAGCAUGGCGCUUGUAACGCCAAGGUAUUGGGUUCGAUCCCUGGGACCACCCAUACACAAAAAAAAAUAAUAUGCACGCAUGACUGUAAGUCGCUUUGGAUAAAAGCGUCUGCUAAAUGGCAUAUUAUUUAUUAUAUUAUGAGUUGGACCGCAGAGUGAAGGAAAAGCAGCCAACAAGUGCUCAGCAUAUGUGGGAACUCCUUCAAGCAUUCCAGUUGACUACCUCAUGAAGCUGGUUAAGAGUGUGCAAAGCUGUCAUCAAGGCAAAGGGUGGCUACUUUGAAGAAUCUAAAAUCUAAAAUAUGUUUUGAUUUGUUUAACACUUUUUGGGUUACUACAUGAUUCCAUAUGUGUUAUUUCAUAGUUUUGAUGUCUUCACUAUUAUUCUACAAUGUAGAAAAUAGUAAAAAUAAAGAAGAACCCUUGAAUGAGUAGGUGUGUCCAAACUUUUUGACUGGUACUGUAUAUAUAUAUACACAGUGGGGAGAACAAGUAUUUGAUACACUGCCGAUUUUGCAGGUUUUCCUACUUACAAAGCAUGUAGAGGUCUGUAAUUUUUAUCAUAGGUACACUUCAACUGUGAGAGACAGAAUCUAAAACAAAAAUCCAGAAAAUCACAUUGUAUGAAGUAAUUAAUUUGCAUUUUAUUGCAUGACAUAAGUAUUUGAUCACCUACCAACCAGUAAGAAUUCCGUCUCUCACAGACCUGUUAGUUUUUCUUUAAGAAGCCCUCCUGUUCUCCACUCAUUACCUGUAUUAACUGCACCUGUUUGAACUCGUUACCUGUAUAAAAGACACCUGUCCACACACUCAAUCAAACAGACUCCAACCUCUCCACAAUGGCCAAGACCAGAGAGCUGUGUAAGGACAUCAGGGAUAAAAUUGUAGACCUACACAAGGCUGCGAUGGGCUACAGGACAAUAGGCAAGCAGCUUGGUGAGAAGGCAACAACUGUUGGCGCAAUUAUUAGAAAAUGGAAGAAGUUCAAGAUGACGGUCAAUCACCCUCGGUCUGGGGCUCUAUGCAAGAUCUCACCUCGUGGGGCAUCAAUGAUCAUGAGGAAGGUGAGGGAUCAGCCCAGAACUACACGGCAGGACCUGGUCAAUGACCUGAAGAGAGCUGGGACCACAGUCUCAAAGAAAACCAUUAGUAACACACUACGCCGUCAUGGAUUAAAAUCCUGCAGCGCACGCAAGGUCCCCCUGCUCAUGCCAGCGCAUGUCCAGGCCCGUCUGAAGUUUGCCAAUGACCAUCUGGAUGAUCCAGAGGAGGAAUGGGAGAAGGUCAUGUGGUCUGAUGAGACAAAAAUAGAGCUUUUUGGUCUAAACUCCACUCGCCGUGUUUGGAGGAAGAAGAAGGAUGAGUACAACCCCAAGAACACCAUCCCAACCGUGAAGCAUGGAGGGGGAAACAUCAUUCUUUGGGGAUGCUUUUCUGCAAAGGGGACAGGACGACUGCACCGUAUUGAGGGGAGGAUGGAUGGGGCCAUGUAUCGCGAGAUCUUGGCCAACAACCUCCUUCCCUCAGUAAGAGCAUUGAAGAUGGGUCGUGGCUGGGUCUUCCAGCAUGACAACGACCCGAAACACACAGCCAGGGCAACUAAGGAGUGGCUCCGUAAGAAGCAUCUCAAGGUCCUGGAGUGGCCUAGCCAGUCUCCAGACCUGAACCCAAUAGAAAAUCUUUGGAGGGAGCUGAAACUCCAUAUUGCCCAUCGACAGCCCCGAAAUCUGAAUGAUCUGGAGAAGGUCUGUAUGGAGGAGUGGGCCAAAAUCCCUGCUGCAGUGUGUGCAAACCUGGUCAAGACCUACAGGAAACGUGUGAUCUCUGUAUUUGCAAACAAAGGUUUCUGUACCAAAUAUUAAGUUCUGCUUUUCUGAUGUAUCAAAUACUUAUGUCAUGUCAAAUUAAUUACUUAAAAAUCAUACAAUGUGAUUUUCUGGAUAACCUGCAAAAUCGGCAGUGUAUCAAAUACUUGUUCUCCCACUGUGUAUAUUUAUAUAUUUUUAUGUUUAGCUCGCAUAAUAUAAUUUAAAAGUAUGCAUUAAGGUGUCUGUAAUAGAAUAAACGUGUCAAAACGAAUGUAGACAAUUAAUAAAUGCAUUUCUAUAGCUUUCAAAUUAUUUUCUACAAUGGAGGAGGAUUGCCAAGAUGGCUGUGUGGUCGCUUCAAUAUAGCGCCCCCUGUCAGUCAUCCAGUGUUUAUACACAUUAUUGGUUAUACAGUGCAUUCGGAAAGUAUUCAGACCCCUUGACUUUUUCCACAUUUUGUUACGUUACAGCCUUAUUCUAAAAUGUAUGAAAUAUAUUUUUUUAAAUCCUCAUCAAUCUACACACAAUACCCCAUAAUGACUAAGCAAAAACACAUUUUUAGACAUUUAAGCAAAUUUAUAAAAAAUUUAAAACAAAUCUUAUUUACAUAAGUAUUCAGACCCUUUGCUAUGAGACUCAAUUGAAAUCAGAUGCAUCCUGUUUCCAUUGAUCAUCCUUGAUGUUUCUACAACUUGAUUGGAGUCCACCUGUGGUAAAUUCAAUUGAUUAGACAUGAUGUGGAAAAGCAAACACCUGUCUAUCUAAGGUCCCACAGUUGACAGUGCAUGUCAGAGCAAAAACCAAGUCAUGAGGUCGAAGGAAUUGUCCGUAGAGCUCAAAGACAGGAUUGUGUCGAGGCACAGAUCUGGGGAAGGGUACAAAAAAAUUUCUGCAACAUUGAAGGUCCCCAAGAACACAGUGGCCUCCAUCAUUCUUAAAUGGAAGAAGUUUAGAACUCUUCCUUGAGCUGAGCAAUCGGGGGAGUAGGGCCUUGGUCAGGGAGGUGACCAAGAACCCGAUGGUCACUCUGACAGAGCUCUAGAGUUCCUCUGUGGAGAUGGGAGAAACUUCCAGAAGGACGACCAUCUCUGCAGCACUCCAGCAAUCAGGCCUUUAUGGUAGAGUGGCUAGACGGAAGUCUAGAGUUUGCCAAAAGGCACCUAAAGACUCUCAGACCAUGAGAAACAAGACUCUCUGGUCUGAUGAAACCAAGAUUGAACUAUUUUUGCCUGAAUGCCAAGCGUCACGUCUGGAGGAUACCUGGCAGCAUCCCUACGGUGAAGCAUGGAGGUGGCAGCAUCAUGCUGUGGGGAUGUUUUUCAGCGGCAGGGACUGGGAGACAAUAUUAUUAUUAUUAUUUUUUUUCACCUUUAUUUAACCAGGUAAGCCAGUUGAGAACAAGUUCUCAUUUACAACUGCGACCUGGCCAAGAUAAAACAACAAACACAGAGUUACAUAUGGAAUAAACAAAACGUACAGUCAAUAACACAAUAGAACAUAUAUAUACAGUAUGUGCAAAUGUAGUAAGUUAUGGAGGUAAGGCAAUAAAUAGGCCAUAGUGCAAAAUAAUUACAAUUUAGUAUUAACACUGGAGUGAUAGAUGUGCAGAAGAUGAUGUGCAAAUAGAGAUACUGGGGUACAAAUGAGCAAAAUAAAUAACAAUAUAGGGAUGAGGUAGUUGGGUGGGCUAAUUUCAGAUGGGCUGUGUACAGGUGCAGUGAUCGGUAAGCUGCUCUGACAACUGAUGCUUAAAGUUAGUGAGGGAGAUAAGUGUCUCCUGUUUCAGAGAUUUUUGCAGUUCGUUCCAGUGAUUUGCAGCAGAGAACUGGAACGAAUGGCGGCCAAAGGAGGUGUUGGCUUUGGGGAUGACCAGUGAGAUAUACCUGUUGGAACGCAUACUACGGGUGGGUGUUGCUAUGGUGACCAAUGAUCUAAGAUAAGGCGGGGAUUUGCCUAGAAGUGAUUUAUAGAUGACCUGGAGCCAGUGGGUUUGGCGUCAAAUAUAUAGUGAGGGCCAGCCAACGAGAGCUUACAGGUCACAAUGGUGGGUAGUAUAUGGGGCUUUGGUGACUAGUCAGGAUUGAGGGAAAGAUAAAUGGAGCAAAGUACAGAGAGAUCCUUGAUGAAAACCUGCUCUAGAGCGCUUAGGACAUCAGACUGGGGUGAAGGUUCACCUUCCAACAGGACAACAACCCUAAGCACACAGCCAAGACAAUGCAGGAGUGGCUUCGGGACAAGUCUCUGAAUGUCCUUGAGUGGCCCAGUCAGAGCCCGGACUUGAACCCGAUUUGAACAUCUCUGGAGAGACCUGAAAAUAACUGUGCAGCGACGCUCCCCAUCCAACCUGACAGAGCUUGAGAGGAUCUGCAGAGAAGAAUGGGAGAAACUCCCCAAAUACAAGUGUGCCAAGCUUGUAGCGUCAUACCCAAGAAGACUCGAGGCCGUAGUCGCUGUUUUUUUUAAUACAUUUGCAAAAAUUUAUAAAAACCAGUUUUUGCUUUGUCAUUAUGGGAUAUUGUGUGUAGAUUGAUGAGGGGAAAAACAACCUAACAAAAUGUGGAAAAAGUCAGGUGGUCUGAAUACUUUCCGAAGGCACUGUAUUACAUAAUUUUGAUAAAAUAGGUGUGUCUUUACUGUGAUAAGGGCUCGGAAAUAAGUGUCUUGUCUGCUAAAUUAACAAAGCAAGACUAUGCCAAUGCACAGCCAUAGGCUUCUACAAGCAAGUGCCACUGGUGAGGUUGCUGCCGUUUUGAAGAUUGUGUUCCACAAUAUAAUGUAACUAGUAGGGCUGUCAAAUGAUUAACAUUUUUAAUCAAAUUAAUCAGAAUUUUCAGUGGAUUAAUCAUGAUUAAUCACUAUUUGCAAUUACACCUGAAUCCUAACCAUUUUUUUUCUGAAAUGCAUACCAAAAGAUAAAUAACAGGACACAGAUACAUAAUUUUCAUAUUAUGUCUGUUUAUUAACACAGCCAAAUAAUGGUGUUUUAAAUCAAGCUGAAACAUACUACACACCAUAAUAUUUGUCUUUGGCUGUGGCUCUUGACGGUGGCUUAUAGAAUGAGUCUUGAGACGCCACUUGCAAAACAUCAAGGAAACCUGAGUCUUCUACAAUGCUAAUGGGUCUACAAUCCUUUGCAAUCCAUUUUGCUAUUGUGUUGGUCAAAUUAUCUGAGGUUGAUUUUGUUAAUUGCCUGCAAACAUUCAGCGUGGUCUGGCGCAAACCACUUGCUGAAUCUGACGGCCCAGCAAACGCAUGUUUGGCGUUGACAUGGUACUUCAAGCUUGAACAGCUCCGGUGAAAUUGAAACUCCUUCUUACAAAUCUUGCAAAUAACCUUGUACUUGUUAACUGUACCAUCAUCAUUCUUUUUAUAUUUGAAUCCGUCAAUAGGCCCACUUUGCUCACCGUUGCUCCAUCUCGCCUCUAGCUCCCAACCACUUUCCUGACCUGAAUAAUUUGUCACACUGCGCAUGCGUGAAAUGCGUUAAAAAAAUUGACGUAAUUAACAGCAAACAACUAAUUAACGUCGUUAACGCGCUAUUUUUGACAGCCCUAGUAACUAGUUGAUAUUACGGUUUCAAUAAAUUAGUCUUAAAUGGCAUUUUUUUAUUGAAUGAAUAUACGCUGAGUAUACAAAACAUUUAAGAACACCUGUUCUGGGUAUCCCGAGUGGCGCAGCGAUCUAAGGCACUGCAUCGCAGUGCUAGAGGCGUCACUACAGACCCAGGUUCGAUCCCAGGCUGUAUCACAACCGGCUGUGAUCGGGAGUCCCAUAGGGUGGCGCACAAUUGGCCCAGCGUCGUCCGGGUUAGGGGAGGGUUUGGCUGAGGGGGCUUUACUUGGCUCAUGGCGCUCUAGCGACUCCUUGUGGCGGGCUGGGUGCCUGCAGGCUGACCUCAGUCGUCAGGUGAACAGUGUUUCCUCCGACCCAUUGGUGCGGCUGGCUUCCGGGUUAAGUGGGCAGGUGUUUUAGAAGCGCGUUUUGGCGGGUCAUGUUUCGGAGGACGCAUGACUCGACCUUCGCCUCCCGAGCCCGUUGGGGAGUUGCAGCGAUGAGACAAGAUCGAACAAGAGGGUAAAAUAAAAACACCUGGUCUUUCCAUGACAUAGACUGACCAGGUGAAAGCUAUGAUCCCUUAUUGAUGUCACUUGUUAAAUCCUCUUCAAUCAGUGUAGAUGAAAGGGAGGAGACAGGUUAAAGAAGGAUUUUUAAGUCUUGACAAUUGAGACAUGGAUUGUGUAUGUGUGCCAUUCAGAGGGUGAAUGGACAAGACAAAAUAUUUAAGUGCCUUUGAAUGGGGUAUGGUAGUAGGUGCCAGGCGCACUGGUUUGUGUCAAGCACUGCAACGCUACUGGGUUUUUCACGCUCAACAGUUUCCUGUGUGUAUCAAGAAUGGUCCACCACCCAAAGGACAUCCAGCCAACUUGACACAACUGUGGGAAGCAUUGGAGUCAACAUGGGCCAGCAUCCAUGUGGAAUGCUUUUGACACCUUGUAAAGUCCAUGCCCUGACAAAUUGAGGCUGGUCUGAGGGGAAAAGAGGGGGUGCAGCUCAAUAUUAGGAAUGUUUUCUUUAUGUUUGGUGUACUCAGUGUAUAUGUGGCAAUUUAGCAAUUCAGAUUUGUUAUCCUGUAAUGGCUAUGUUAUAUUAGGCAUUGUUGUUGGCAUAUAGAUAAAUGCGCUUUUUUUUUUCCAGUGUGGGCCUGAGUACUCAGAAAAAAAUCAUCUGAGUACUCGAACAGUCAGAAAAUGUCAAAUGCCCAUCCUAGUUCACGUACCACUAUCCCGAAUACAUGUGCUCUCCCUUCCUUUCUGUCCCGCUCCCGCUCCCUGUCCCUCUCUACUCUCCCUCCCAGGCUGGACCGGACCCAGAACCUGCUGUACGAGAGCACCAGGGACUUCCUACAGCUGAAGUUUGAGACGCGGGCCCAGGAGAAGGGCUGGAUGGUGGAGAAGGACCGGCUGCUGCGAGAGCUGGACUCAACCCAGGACCGUCUGAGGAAAGACAGUGAUGGUCACGGGAGGGAGCAGCCGGGACCAGGAUCCAGAGGACACAGCAGCAGCAUGGCCCUGCUCCUAACCCAGCCCCAGCCUGACACACAGCACGUCCACAGGGAGGAGAUCAGGGUGAGUAGUGGUACACAUGCUUCAGAUCAGAGGUCUUACAUAAUUGGGAUCAUGUCCCACCCAACACCUCAAAUAAAGGAGGGUCUCUUCUUUAAAGUGGUGUUAAAAGCGCGGCUGUUGCGGUGACCAUAUUACCGCUGUCAAAUUCCACGUGACCGUCACGGUAACUAGGCUUCUCCAAAUCUGCGCUCUGAUAGUCAUUAGUAGCCUACCAAACUUGCUAAUGGCCUGGUACUUAGCGCUCUAUUGUCUCUCUAAUCACUCUGACAUCUAUGCAAAUGUAAUCGAAAAUCAAAUCAAGCACUUCAUUAGAGCCCUGGCGUUCAGAGUUGGAGUGGAAUAUGAUCAUCAUCUGUUGCACAGCGAGAGCCAGCUCCUCAUAGCUGGUUGAUGCAUGGAAUGAAAUGUGUUCCUAUAAUCCCAUGUUGCAUAACAUUUCUAUAGGCUAUGUAAUUGCGUGAGAAAACAGUUCUGAUGGCCUCUAUUAAAAAGAGGAAGAUCCCAUCAGCUUUCUAUAGGCUAACAAUAUUUAUUUAGGAACUUUCCUAAUAUUAAGCACAUUGCUUUGCUUUACAACCGGAGUCGCCUACCUGGCUGGCAUGAAAAUGAACCUUGGGAAAAGCGUCCUCCAUUCCCUAUUUAAGUGCAUACGGAUUACGUCUUUUUUUCCCUGCCCCUGUUUCAACAGGUGCAUGAUAAUGGUCUAUUCUAAAUCAAAACUAAUGUCACACAUAUUAUAUGUAAAGACAAGAUUAAAUUGAGAAUAGUCUGAUGGGUGAGAAUGUUAUCACUUGUGAAUGAUACCCUGCGUGUGCAGUCUAAGGCAAGAAACAGCGCAUGCAUUUUUUGCAACUUUUUAAAAAUCAUAGACGCAAGCAUCACGUAGCCUAGCCUAUAGGCCUAUAUGUUUAGAUAAGGUUUGUAUCACAACUGAAGUGGCCAAAUAACCCUGAGAGUAGCCUAUAGGCCUCGGACCUCUGGAACAGGGUUGGAGAGCCCAUAGCCUACAGAGCAUAGUGAAAGGUGUUCUUAUAAGCCCAGUCAUUGUGGAAUCGACUGGCCACUAUUUAAAAUAGGAUCCCAGCUUUCUCUUCUGCUAAAAUGAAGCACAUUAAUCCGCUUUACAAAUGGUGUAGCCUACCUGGCAUAUUAAAAACGUAGGGUGGCUUGGAGUUAAACGCCCCCCUCCUGUAAUUCUCACAGAAACCAUUUUGUCACCCAAAAUAAUUUCAAUACUUUCCCUGGAUGCCUUGUCUUGCUCAACUAAAAAUAUAAUCUGUAUCAUCUCAACUUUUUAAGUCACUCCAACAAAACUAUUUUGCAGUACUAAUAUUUUGUCAUAUAGAAAAAGUUAUAUAUAUAUAUACAUACAGUGGGGAGAACAAGUAUUUGAUACACUGCCGAUUUUGCAGGUUUUCCUAUUUACAAAGCAUGUAGAGGUCUGUCAUUUUUAUCAUAGGUACACUUCAACUGUGAGAGACAGAAUCUAAAACAAAAAUCCAGAAAAUCACAUUGUAGGCCACUCCAGGACCUUGAGAUGCUUCUUACGGAGCUACUCCUUAGUUGCCCUGGCUGUGUGUUUCGGGUCGUUGUCAUGCUGGAAGACCCAGCCACUACCCAUCUUCAAUGCUCUUACUGAGGGAAGGAGGUUGUUGGCCAAGAUCUCGCGAUACAUGGCCCCAUCCAUCCUCCCCUCAAUACGGUGCAGUCAUCCUGUCCCCUUUGCAGAAAAGCAUCCCCAAAGAAUGAUGUUUCCACCUCCAUGCUUCACGGUUGGGAUGGUGUUCUUGGGGUUGUACUCAUCCUUCUUCUUCCUCCAAACACGGCGAGUGGAGUUUAGACCAAAAAGCUAUAUUUUUGUCUCAUCAGACCACAUGACCUUCUCCCAUUCCUCCUCUGGAUCAUCCAGAUGGUCAUUGGCAAACUUCAGACGGGCCUGGACAUGCGCUGGCUUGAGCAGGGCGACCUUGCAUGCGCUGCAGGAUUUUAAUCCAUGACAGCGUAGUGUGUUACUAAUGGUUUUCCUUGAGACUGUGGUCCCAGCUCUCUUCAGGUCAUUAACCAGGUCCUGCCGUGUAGUUCUGGGCUGAUCCCUCACCUUCCUCAUGAUCAUUGAUGCCCCACGAGGUGAGAUCUUGCAUGGAGCCCCAGACCGAGGGUGAUUGACCGCCAUCUUGAACUUCUUCCAUUUUCUAAUAAUUGCGCCAACAGUUGUUGCCUUCUCACCAAGCUGCUUGCCUAUUGUCCUGUAGCCCAUCCCAGCCUUGUGCAGGUCUACAAUUUUAUCCCUGAUGUCCAUACACAGCUCUCUGGUCUUGGCCAUUGUGGAGAGGUUGGAGUCUGUUUGAUUGAGUGUGUGGACAGGUGUCUUUUAUACAGGUAACGAGUUCAAACAGGUUUAGUUAAUACAGGUAAUAAGUGGAGAACAGGAGUGCUUCUUAAAGAAAAACUAACAGGUCUGUGAGAGCCGGAAUUCUUACUGGUUGGUAGGUGAUCAAAUACUUAUGUCAUGCAAUAAAAAUGCAAAUUAAUUACUUAAAAAUCAUACAAUGUGAUUUUCUGGAUUUUUAGAUUCCGUCUCUCACAGUUGAAGUGUACCUAUGAUAAAAAUUACAGACCUCUACAUGCUUUGUAAGUACGAAAACCUGCAAAAUCGGCAGUGUAUCAAAUACUUGUUCUCCCCACUGUAUAUAUACACAGUGAGGGAAAAAAGUAUUUGAUCCCCUGCUGAUUUUGUACGUUUGCCCACUGACAAUGAAAUGAUCAGUCUAUAAUUUUAAUGGUAGGUUUAUUUGAACAGUGAGAGACAGAAUAACAACAAAAAAAUCCUGAAAAAUGCAUGUCAAAAUGUUAUAAAUUGAUUUGCAUUUUAAUGAGGGAAAUAAGUAUUUGACAACCCUCUCAAUCAGAAAGAUUUCUGGCUCCCAGGUGUCUUUUAUACAGGUAACGAGCUGAGAUUAGGAGCACACUCUUAAAGGGAGUGCUCCUAAUCUCAGUUUGUUACCUGUAUAAAAGACACCUGUCCACAGAAGCAAUCAAUCAAUCCGAUUCCAAACUCUCCACCAUGGCCAAGACCAAAGAGCUCUCCAAGGAUGUCAGGGACAAGAUUGUAGAUCUACACAAGGCUGGAAUGGGCUACAAGACCAUCGCCAAGCAGCUUGGUGAGAAGGUGACAACAGUUGGUGUGAUUAUUCGCAAAUGGAAGAAACUGUCAAUCUCCCUCAGCCUGGGUGUCCAUGCAAGAUCUCACCUCGUGGAGUUACAAUGAUCAUGAGAACGGUGAGGAAUCAGCCCAGAACUACACGGGAGGAUCUUGUCAAUGAUCUCAAGGCAGCUGGGACCAUAGUCACCAAGAAAACAAUUGGUUACACACUACGCCGUGAAGGACUGAAAUCCUGCAGCGCCCGCAAGGUCCCCCUGCUCAAGAAAGUACAUAUACAGGCCCGUCUGAAGUUUGCCAAUGAACAUCUGAAUGAUUCAGAGGAGAACUGGGUGAAAGUGUUGUGGUCAGAUGAGACCAAAAUCGAGCUCUUUGGCAUCAACUCAACUCGCCGUGUUUGGAGAAGGAGGAAUGCUGCUUAUGACCCCAAGAACACCAUCCCCACUGUCAAACAUGGAGGUGGAAACAUUAUGCUUUGGGGGUGUUUUUCUGCUAAGGGGACAGGACAACUUCACCGUAUCAAAGGGACAAUGGACGGCGCCAUUUACCGUCAAAUCUUGGGUGAGAACCUCCUUCCCUCAGCCAGGGCAUUGAAAAUGGGUCGUGGAUGGUAUUCCAGCAUGACAAUCACCCAAAACACACGGCCAAGGCAACAAAGGAGUGGCUCAAGAAGAAGCACAUUAAGGUCCUGGAGUGGCCUAGCCAGUCUCCAGACCUUAAUCCCAUAGAAAAUCUGUGGAGGGAGCUGAAGGUUUGAGUUGCCAAACGUGAGCCUCGAAACCUUAAUGACUUGGAGAAGAUCUGCAAAGAGGAGUGGGACAAAAUCCCUCCUGAGAUGUGUGCAAACCUGGUGGCCAACUACAAGAAACGUCUGACCUCUGAUUGCCAACAAGGGUUUUGCCACCAAGUACUAAGUCAUGUUUUGCAGAGGGGUCAAAUACUUAUUUCCCUCAUUUAAAAUGCAAAUCAAUUUAUAAUAUUUUUUGUUGUUAUUCUGUCUCUCACUGUUCACAUAAACCUACCAUUAAUAUUAUUGACUGAUCAUGUCUUUGUCAGUGGGCAAACGUACAAAAUCAGCAGGGGAUCAAAUACUUUUUCCCCCUCACUGUAUGUAUAUAUAUAUAUAUAUAUAUAUAUAUAUACAGUACCAGUCAAAAGUUUGGACACACAGACUCAUUCAAGGGUUUUUCUUUAGUUUUACUAUUUUCUACACUGUAGAAUAAUAGUGAAGACAUCAAAACUAUGAAAUAACACAUAUGGAAUCAUGUAGUAACCAAAAAAGUGUUAAACAAAUCAAAAUAUAUUUUAUAUUUGAGAUUCUUCAAAUAGCCACCCAUUGCCUUGAUGACAGCGUUGCACACUCUUGGCAUUCUCAGUCAAGGCGUCUGAAUACUUUCCGAAUGCACUGUAUGUUAGCAUUUUCCAAAUCAUCUAUAAGCUCCAGAGUGGCGCAGCGGUCUAAGGCACUGCAUCUCAGUGCUUGAGGCGUCACUACAGACCCCCCUGGUUCGAUUCCAGGCUGUAUCACAACCGGCCGUGAUUGGGAGUCCCAUAGGGCUGUGCACAAUUGGCCCAGCGUCGUCCGGGUUUGGCCGGUGUAGGCCGUCAUUGUAAAUAAGAAAUUGUUCUUAACUGACUUGCCUAGUUAAAUAAAUAAAAUAAAAAAGUCACUUCUUUGCUACUGUUAAGAGAAUUCCUAUCUCUAAUUCAACCUAAGCUUGAAUCAUUACCAGAGGUUGUAAGGCUCUGGUUUUAAUCAUAAAUGAUUCAAGGUCCACAACCAACAAGGAUUAUCUGUAUCUUUAUUCAUGGAGAGCUCUGGCGCCAAAACCCAUACCCUCCUGUUUUAUACCUCUUGACACACAAAGGCACUUUGCUCCGCCCACCUUUAGGAGGCUUUCUUAAACAGUUUCCACCUUUCUCCUUCACCCUGGAAUGUUUAGUCCCGCCCCCCCCCCUCUGUUAGUGGGUUGAUAAUUGUUACACAGUUUACACAUUUAUACUGUAUUUGGGGUGAAAUCCUUUAGUCAUUAUUCUUAAAAUACAAAUUAAUCUAUCAAUCCACCCCUUUGACUAAAUGGUUUCAUUUUCAGGAUAAAUGUAUUACAUAUUCAGGAUAAAUCUCAGAGAUCACGUCAGAACUAAUAAACAUUUCAUCCAAUUGCGGUCUUUCAGGGUCCAAAUCCUCGUCAUCCACCAAGCCUGGAGGAUCGUUUUUUCACAUUCCCCUGGUCAGAGUCCGGAGUCAGUCCAUCUUUCAUCAUUGUUUAGAUACUGCAUUUCACCAACGCCUGAUUCACCAAUCCUCGGACACAGGGAACAAGACAACAACCACAUAAUACAAGAAUACCCAUACAAACACUGACCGCUCCUAAGAUGGUGGCUGCUAUGGUUUUCCAUUUACCAAAUAUUUCCUCAAACCACCCUAUCCACGAUGUACUAACUUCUGAGUUCUCAGUUCAUUCUUCACUUAGUGCAGUUAAUUCUGUAAGAGCUCUGGUGACUGUCCCAUCCAGUGUGGUGUUGUUAGGGAUAAAUGUGCAACAAUGGCUUAUCAUUCUAUAGACACCGGCCCUUUCUGCCUGAUCUAGAACCAUCAUCUACUAAGUUAUGAGCGGGAUGGCGGAUAAUUGCUCGAAGAUCCCCUUUACUGCAUCUCUAGUCUGGUCAAUAAAUCGUUGUUGGUUGUAAUAGAUAUAAUUUAUCCAAUCAACAUUUUUGUUUAUUGUCACCCACCAGAAAAAUGUUGUGGUAAAACCCUCCCAUAUUUGAUUCAUAGCUUUGUAUUCGUCUGGAACACCCCUGGGGAUGCCUAUACCAUCUUUCCAAAUUGGGCUAUUUCCUUCCUGACCUAUAUUUCUCCUCCUCCUGAUUAUUCUUCCUGUCACUGGUCUUUGAUGACUAAUUCUUACAGGUUUGGACGGACCAACAAUACUGGUGCACAAGUACCCACCCAUCCUUCUGGUAAUGUCUGUCGAAUGCUCCCUUUGUUAGUGCAUGCCCACCACACAUCAGUCAGAGGGAUGGUAAGGUUCCUAAUUUUUCCCCUCCCUUCCUUAUCUAAAUCAGUGACAUUAAUUAUCUCUUUACAGCCAUCAAAAUCACCCAAGUUACGGGUGCCAUUUCUAUGUCUGUAACACUGGUAUUCGCCAGGAGUUAAAGUGAAUCUAGGUGGGCUGGCCGAGUAUGUCAAUUUUGCCAGCCCAAUCCCUGUGCAAUUUGGCUCUUUUUGAUUGGACCCCAGGUCUAAUACACAGGGAAACAUUGCCUUUGGCAUUGGGGCGUUCAACAUUGUCGGUCGCCCAAUUGAGCAUGUAUAACAAUUGGUCUCCCCCAAGGCCCUAGCGGUGUACUUCAUCCACUUUAACCAGAGAUUCUCAUCAGGGACCCCCUCCACUUCCCCUUGGUUCCAUUCUUGGAGGAGAAAAUCUUUCAUAGUGGACGGGUUAGUCGAAUUGACUCCGUCAUCCCUUGACUGAUCUACUCGGUCUAUUGCUAUUAAUGGAUUAAUGACAGUACCUGUGCCCUCCAUAUCUUUUGACUCCAUCAAAUGUAAUCUUAGACAAGUAUCCCAUCCGUAUUCGUCCGCGCAAGCCCAGUAAGUUAUUUUCAUGUCCUCUUUAGUGACCUUUACUAUUGUUACUACCAUCUCCGUGGGGAUGUCGUUAUACCUUCUUAUCCUCCAUCUGGACGUCCAGCCCCCCCCCCCCCCCCCGUCUCAUAUCUCCGUCCCCCAGUUUGUCUAAAUACCUGAGCCCAGGAACAAUCCGCCGAGGGAGCUGAACAUAAAUACAAUGGGAUUUUAUAAUCCCACGUUGCUUGCUUAUCCGUCCUGAUAAGAUCCCUAAUCCUAAUUUUGAAUCUUACUCCCCACCCUUCUCUGACUCCUAUUUUGUAGAUCACUCGUCCUUGACGGUCAGUAUGUCGGGUCGCUUCCCUUUUAUUUCUUAAUAAUGGUAUGGCCAUAGCGUAAUUGGUGCGAGGUGGUGGUGGAUCUUGACAUACCAAGACUAUUGCCGAGACUAUGAUGCAGCUCAGGGUCACCCAUAUUCCCCAAAACCGCCAACCCUCUCCUGCCUUUAGUCCUUCUGCUUGGUACCACCCCAUACUCACACCCUAAGAACACACUACAGUGAUGAUAGGUCGGGGUAGGAGAUCUUCGUUGACAGAGGUGAUCCCCGGACCCUAUUGGUCUAGUUCUGCUCUCCAACUCUGCGUGUGCUAAGUGGUGCUUGUAUGUGGUCUUACCUUCUUGCAGUGGGUAACAUGGACCCAGGUUCCUCUCUCUGCUAUUCUAAUGGCAAAGGCGGUGACCAAUAUAACCUGAUAGGGCCCUUCCCAACAGGCCUGCUUCCAGUUUUCCUUCUAGUGACUGGAUGCUCACCAGUCACCUGGUUAGAUAGUGGGUCACCUUCUCCUUUAGUUCACCUGUGGGGCACAAAUCCUCUGACAUACGGGUGUGGUUAAUAAACUAUCUUCACACAUGUUCAGAUUAAUCUAACAAUUUCUGACUGCAUUCUCUUUCUAGACUGUAUCUAAAAAAAAUGUUUUUUAAAGUAUUUUGUCCUCUCCUUCAUAUAUUAUUUAAUCCUACAAUUAGCCUCUUCCCCCCUCUUGACACAUAGUUCUGCUCAUGUGUCAAUAUUACCACCUACCUAACCAUUCCCUUAGGUAAUUUAUCAACCAAUUGCCAUGCCUUUCAUUUUUGAGAUUGUCUUUUGCUUCUUUAUUGCUCCUCCCACUUCCUUUGUCUUUAUGGCGGCUAAAUUCGACUUUCAUUCAGUUCAGAAUCAAUUAGUAAUCCAAUCAAUCAAUCUCUUAUCUUGUAAAAACACUUAUGUUUAGUUCAAACUCUGUUCUACCCCGGCUCUCCCGGGCUUGACCUGAAGACUGAUUGUUGGAGAUGACAAUUCCAUAUUUAGGUCACCUAAGUCUUCUGCCUAGCAACAAAGAAUAAAAACCUCUAUGUUCGUGAUUAACCCAGUUAUAUCUAAUAGCCCACCAAAAAAAACCUCAUCAUCUUUAAAUCACGACCAAUGUCAUAUUCCUCUUUACUCUCUACCAUUUGGGUAACAUCCCUGAUAUAUGUAUGCCUCCUUAGAGUUCUAAAUGAUUUUACCAUGGGCUGCCAUUGCCUUCCCAUAGAUAAGAUCACUUAAUUUACCCGUAUGCAGUACAUAAUGGAGUACCCAAGCUUUACAGCAGUCUAUCAUCACCAAAAAGCUCUGAAUUCUUCAUCUAUUUAUUUUUAUUUUUCCUCUAGUCCCUAUCUUCCUGAUCCUAUUGCUAAAUCAAUGAUCUAGGCAAUAGCUGUCUCGCCUUAGAUUGUACAUUCCUCUGAUUACUGCAGCUUAUUGCAUUAAUUUAGGUUCAAAUAUCCCCCAACAAACCAUUCCAUCCCACAGCAUAGCAAACACCACCUAUGAACUGUUGAAAAUCCCCUAAAUUCAACAUAACAACCCUUUAUAAACAUCAUGCUAGGUGUGUUGUUUUUUUAUUUGAAAAACCCAAUUGAAAAACAACAAUCAAAGAUAGCCAGGCUCAACUUAAUUUGGUAGCUCCCUUCUAUGACCUAAAUACUGCCUAACUUCACUACUGCUCCCCCUUAGCAACAUUCCAAUGAGAUAAGCUAAUCUCUUCCUCCUGGUUAUACAUUUUGUUAACCUUCAAUUACCAUCAGUAAUCUAAAGAUGGUAGUACACACAAAACAUGAUACAGAUAUCCCCAGUCCUAACCCAUCAAUAGUGUUUGUAUCAAUCUAAUUCCUCAUAACUAAUCCAUAAAACCACUCAAAAUUCCUCGAAUAUCCAAUGAUUAUUUAAUUGAUUACCCUAAAUCUGCUACAUGUGAUCUCAUUUCAAAUGAUCCAUUAUCCAUUAUUUGUUCAACCCCCUAGGAAAAUAUGUCUCCCCUUCUAUUGUUCCUGUCCCCCUUGUAAAUGUCAUAUUUCAGUUUUUAGCCAAUACAAUCACGGUUACAUCAAAUGUUCCCUCAGUUAAUGGUAUUUUCUCCCUAAUAUUUCAUACUCUUCUUAUUUCCCUAAAUGAGAUUGAAUCCCUUGCCUUUCCUCUACUAUCCUUCUAUCAUUACUGAAUCAAUGAUAAUAACUGUAAUAACUAUCAAUAAUAAUUGUAAUAACUAUUACAAAUUAUAUUGUGCCCUUUUUCUGAUGUUAUAAUUGUAGCCUAUUCCAUCACUUUAGUUUAAAAUAUAUGUUUCUUUAUAACAAAUCCAGAACCCACCACAGGCUGGCCCUAUUCCCCCAGCACAACAGCCAAUGCCACUUGCUUCCCCGUAACGAAAAUAAAUUAUCGUUCCAAAAUUUUCCAACUAUUUGUAUUUUCCCGCUAACCCAUUUCAGUUCACUAUUCAAUCUAUUUAACCGUUCUCUCUGAUUCGGCCCCAAUCAAUAAAAGAAAUACUUGAUAUCGUUGAUAAGCAUACACUUAAUGACAUUCCUACCAUCUGAACUAUGUAUUGUCUCUCACCUCUCCCCCCCCUCUCCUGCUCCUUCCUACAUUAUUGGGGAGGCGCGGGACCUUCCCUACACAUUUUCCUUCUUAGGAAAUAAUGUCAUUCGUACUUGUAACAUAUUUUCAUAGACCUAUCUAGAAUACUACUAAAGCUAUCUAAUGCAACUUUUAAUACACGUAAAAACUCUCUCUUCCUACACCCAUUCCCCAUUGAAUAAGUGCGUCUUCCUAGUUACCCCAUAACCACGCCUCAAAUCUUUUAUUCAGCAUUUAACCAACCAAAUACUAAGUAGUAUCCGGUUAUCAUUCAUACCCGCCGUUGAAUUCCCUCAUACACACAUAUUUCACCUUAUGCCAUUCAAAUGCCGAACAAAACAUAAUAGUUCAAUGGAACCCUCUAUUGGCUCUCUACUAUUUAUACAUUACUUCUAUAACCACUUUAGUUAUGGUCCGAUUACCCAUUAAACCUUAUCACAUAACCUUAUCACCUAAUCAAACAACGGCACAACCUUAAACUCAUCCCCGCCGGCUGGUAGCCCAGUAACCAAGCGCACCGUCUCAGUAACCGAGGUCGCCGGCUCCAACUCCCGAGCCGACCAGGCGAAAAAUCUGCCGAUGUGCCCCCAAGCAAGGCACCCAACCCCCACUGCUCCUGCAAGUCGCUCCAGACCAGAGCGUCUGCCAAAUGAUCAAAAAUGCAAAUGUAAAUAUUCUCUACUUUCUCACUCAUGACGUACGUCUACGUUUGAGUGAGAAAGUUCAUACAUAUGCAUCGUUGGAAUUUUAUAGGUACCUCUCAAAUAAUCGCUUCGUGGUGUUUUUAGCCAAUUCUUAAUCGACACGAAUCAUUUUUUCAAACAUUUUACCCGUUGAACCAAAAAAUUGACUGUCCUAUCUCCGACACUGCCCUUUCCUUUACCCCUGCAGUCAAGAUGGUUAAAUAUUCCUUUGUUACCGUUAAAGCACUUUCGCGCUUAAAAAAGACCCUCGCUGUCUCUAGCCCCUCCCCUCGCUGUUUUUUCAAAUCCGUUCCACAGUUUACAUGCAAUCAUAACUUCACAUUUUUAAUCUAGAUGCCCAAUAAAUCUGUACCUCUUCUCCCAAAUGGAUCCAUAAAACAUAUUUCUUCGAUCUCUUCCUAACAUAUAUCUUUCAUCCCCCGUUAAUUCUCGGACCUCUUUAGAAGAUUUAUUUCCCAUGGUGGAAAAAUAAGAAAUCCCCCCGUUUAGUAAUAAUUCCCAGAAUUAUUCUCCUAGGAGCUAUUAUUUUAGUGCGUCUCUUGAGCCAAUGUAUGAUCUGCUUUUGUAAUUAACCAUUUAAAAUUAUUUAACCCCUAACCCAGAGUUUUUUAUUUAAAACUCCGGUUUCAUGAAAAGAGUCAGAUAACCAUUUUUUCUCACGCGACUUAUUUUUAGCUCCUUCCUUGAAACAAUUAUCACGUAUUCCGAUGGAUUCAUAAAUCUCACACGUACACAACAUUAUACAAUCAUUUGCCAAACCUAUUUGUAACCUAGAGGUCGUAACUGCUCCAGUUUACAGAGUUAUAGCAAAUCCCCAGUUGUUUACGCGACUUUUGACCUGUUUAAUGUAUCCAUAGCACACAAUGAAAAUCAUCCCCUCCCUGUUUAUUGUAACAUUGUACCCAGUACAAUCUCAAUAAAAACUAGUUUACAUUGGUGAUGGCCAUUCACCCCGGGUCAUUUCGGACUAGAUUAUUUUGGUAAUAGCUAUUUACCUAGGGUCAAUUUCGGACCCUCCCCAUUUAGUAAUAAUUAUUACUUCCUUUGAGAUUUUGGUAACUAUUCUCUGCCCUUCACAAUAAUUACUUAUUCUUAUACAAGUUCAAAUCAUUUCACCAAAAUCCAUGAAUAAAAAUUACUGACCUUUUCCUUGCAGUUUGGAUUUAAAUGCUUUUUCAAACUCGUUAACGUCUUUAUCAUUCAUAAGAGUAAUCACCGGCCUGUUUAUAACCUUAACGUGGAAGGCCAGGACUAUUCUCCACGGAUGCAAUCAUCCGCCCGUGCACGGUUUCGGUGUCUUUAGAACGACAAAGACGUAUUUAAGCUCCGCUCAAAGGACCACUCUGUUAAGAGAAUUCCUAUCUCUAAUUCAACCUAAGCUUGAAUCAUUACCAUAGGUUGUAAGGCUCUGGUUUUAAUCAUAAAUGAUUCAAGGUCCACAACCAACAAGGAUUAUCUGUAUCUUUAUUCGUGGAGAGCUCUGGCGCCAAAACCCAUACCCUCCUGUUUUAUACCUCUUGACACACAAAGGCACUUUGCUCCGCCCACCUUUAGGAGGCUUUCUUAAACAGUUUCCACCUUUCUCCUUCACCCUGGAAUGUUUAGUCCCGCCCCCCCCCCCCCUCUGUUAGUGGGUUGAUAAUUGUAACACAGUUUACACAUUUAUACUGUAUUUGGGGUGAAAUCCUUUAGUCAUUAUUCUUAAAAUACAAAUUAAUAUAUCAGCUACACAAUCAAUUUUGAUUUGAGAUACUUUAGGAUAAAAAUAAUAAAAAGAAUGGUGAAAACAUCAGAACCUCAUCAUAGUGAGGAUAUUAAUAGAGAGAUGUGCAAUGUCAUUUUGUUCCAAUAUUUGAUUUAUUUAAUUAAAAUAAGAUACCUAGACUUUAGCUUUUAAGAGUCAAUUACUCAAAAAUGCCAAAAUAAAACAUAUAGUAUAGUAUGCACAUAUCUAAAUCUUACCAAACUUUGCUUUUUUCUGUUAGGAAAUAGAAAUUUCCCUUAAGGGGGGCAUUUACUAAGGCUACGGAAUAUAUAUAUUUAAUUUUUUUGUGGGCCAUUCUAAAUACAAAUAAUAAUUCUACACAUAUAUAAAGACCAUAUUAAAUUGAGAAUAGUCUAAUGGUUGAGAAAAUGAUCAAGUGUCAAAUUGUGAAUGAGAGACUGAAGUGUGUAGCAUGUGGAACAAACAGAGCAGUACGCAUGCCUUUUAAUGCGACUUUUUUCAAAUCAUUAUUAGUCGCAUCAUGCAGCCUUAGAAUGUAUUAGAAAUCAAAACAUAUAGCCCAAUGAUUGUAUCACAACUAAAGUUGCAUAAAUAACUCUAAAUUAAGCAUAUAGGAGGACCUGUUUCAAAUGAUCACUUUGUUAACCGCUCAACACAGAAUAGCCGCAUGUGCACACUCCCUCUGAAAUUGUUUGGGGAAAAAUAUAUUUUAUAUUUUAUUAAUCUAUGUUCAAUUGUAUUCUUCUUACUCUAAAAUAAUAACAUGGGAAUUCUAAGCAAAUCUUGUCAGCUAAAUGAACUAGUGUAGCCCACAGCCAUAUGGCAUAGCCAGAUCAGGGUCUAACAAAAGGACGACUCAGAAUAUGCUAUUCUGUUCUUCUGAAAUAGGCUACAUUUUCUUCAUAUCAUAAUGUUUCUUUAGAUCUGCCUAAAAUAAAUAAUGGAUUUGUGAUGGUGUAAGCUAUAUUAAAUGGAUUAAUUAGACUUUUAAAAAUGUAAAUGUUCCAAUGGUCCUCAUCAGUGGCUUGAGACCGGCAGUUAUUUGCAUGACAGUUACCAGCUGACAAAAUGUAAUGACUGCCACAGCCCUUGUUGUGUCCUGCUAUUUCCUGUGGUGUUAAGAGCGUUGUUGUGUACUGCUAUUUCCUGUGGUGUUAAGAGCAUUGUUGUGUACUGCUAUUUCCUGUGGUGUUAAGAGCAUUGUUGUGUACUGCUAUUUCCUGUGGUGUUAAGAGCAUUGUUGUGUACUGCUAUUUCCUGUGGUGUUAAGAGCGUUGUUGUGUCCUGCUAUUUCCUGUGGUGUUAAGAGCAUUGUUGUGUCCUGCUAUUUCCUGUGGUGUUAAGAGCAUUGUUGUGUACUGCUAUUUCCUGUGGUGUUAAGAGCAUUGUUGUGUCCUGCUAUUUCCUGUGGUGUUAAGAGCAUUGUUGUGUCCUGCUAUUUCCUGUGGUGUUAAUAGCGUUGUUGUGUCCUGCUAUUUCCUGUGGUGUUAAGAGCGUUGUUGUGUCCUGCUAUUUCCAGUGGUGUUAAUAGCGUUGUUGUGUCCUGCUAUUUCCUGUGGUGUUAAUAGCGUUGUUGUGUCCUGCUAUUUCCUGUGGUGUUAAGAGCGUUGUUGUGUCCUGCUAUUUCCAGUGGUGUUAAUAGCGUUGUUGUGUCCUGCUAUUUCCAGUGGUGUUAAUAGCGUUGUUGUGUCCUGCUAUUUUCUGUGGUGUUAAUAGCGUUGUUGUGUCCUGCUAUUUCCUGUGGUGUUAAUAGCGUUGUUGUGUCCUGCUAUUUUCUGUGGUGUUAAUAGCGUUGUUGUGUCCUGCUAUUUCCUGUGGUGUUAAGAGCGUUGUUGUGUCCUGCUAUUUCCAGUGGUGUUAAGAGCGUUGUUGUGUCCUGCUAUUUUCUGUGGUGUUAAUAGCGUUGUUGUGUCCUGCUAUUUCCUGUGGUGUUAAGAGCGUUGUUGUGUCCUGCUAUUUCCAGUGGUGUUAAUAGCGUUGUUGUGUCCUGCUAUUUCCUGUGGUGUUAAGAGCGUUGUUGUGUCCUGCUAUUUUCUGUGGUGUUAAUAGCGUUGUUGUGUCCUGCUAUUUCCUGUGGUGUUAAUAGCGUUGUUGUGUCCUGCUAUUUUCUGUGGUGUUAAUAGCGUUGUUGUGUCCUGCUAUUUCCUGUGGUGUUAAUAGCGUUGUUGUGUCCUGCUAUUUCCUGUGGUGUUAAUAGCGUUGUUGUGUCCUGCUAUUUUCUGUGGUGUUAAGAGCGUUGUUGUGUCCUGCUAUUUCCAGUGGUGUUAAUAGCGUUGUUGUGUCCUGCUAUUUUCUGUGGUGUUAAGAGCGUUGUUGUGUCCUGCUAUUUCCAGUGGUGUUAAUAGCGUUGUUGUGUCCUGCUAUUUUCUGUGGUGUUAAUAGCGUUGUUGUGUCCUGCUAUUUCCUGUGGUGUUAAUAGCGUUGUUGUGUCCUGCUAUUUUCUGUGGUGUUAAGAGCGUUGUUGUGUACUGCUAUUUCCUGUGGUGUUAAUAGCGUUGUUGUGUCCUGCUAUUUUCUGUGGUGUUAAUAGCGUUGUUGUGUACUGCUAUUUCCUGUGGUGUUAAGAGCGUUGUUGUGUCCUGCUAUUUCCAGUGGUGUUAAUAGCGUUGUUGUGUCCUGCUAUUUUCUGUGGUGUUAAUAGCGUUGUUGUGUCCUGCUAUUUCCUGUGGUGUUAAUAGCGUUGUUGUGUCCUGCUAUUUCCUGUGGUGUUAAUAGCGUUGUUGUGUCCUGCUAUUUUCUGUGGUGUUAAGAGCGUUGUUGUGUCCUGCUAUUUUCUGUGGUGUUAAGAGCAUUGUUGUGUCCUGCUAUUUCCAGUGGUGUUAAUAGCGUUGUUGUGUCCUGCUAUUUUCUGUGGUGUUAAUAGCGUUGUUGUGUCCUGCUAUUUCCUGUGGUGUUAAUAGCAUUGUUGUGUCCUGCUAUUUCCUGUGGUGUUAAUAGCGUUGUUGUGUCCUGCUAUUUCCUGUGGCCCCAGGCAGUGCAGGAAGAGCUGAAGCAGGCCCACCGCCUGGCUGAAAUGUACAGGGAGCAGUGUGUUACCCUGGAGACAGACCUGGCUCAGAUCAGAGAGGAGGGGGACAUGGGCAGGGAGAUAUUCAAGGUGCGUAGCCACGAAUCCUUACUUGAUAUGAAUAAUUCUGACUACACUAUAUUUUGCUAAAUUAUUGUGUUUGUGUUGUUAUACAACCAAAUGUUUUAUUAUUAUUUAUAAAGCCCUUUUUACAUCCGCAGAUGUCACAAAGUGCUAUACAGAAACCCAGCCUAAAACCCCAAACAGCAAGCAAUGCAGAUGUAGAAGCACCUUGUGUUUGUGUGUGAGUUUACGCCACUGUGUUUUGCUCACCUUUGUGUGUAGGAUCGGUCGGACAAGAUGGCGAAGCGUCUUCAGAUGACGACCCAGCGGUACGAGGCCCUGGAGAAGAGGAGGGCCAGGGAGGUGGAGGGCUUCAACACCGACAUCAAACACCUCAGACAGAAACUCAAAGAUGUGGAGAAACAACUCUUCAAGGUGAGUAGGGGGUGUAUAUCGUAGACCUAGGUGUGUUACCUGGUUGGAUGUUUACUUAGCUUCUAUGUGUAGGCUCACGUGUGAGUGUGGUACCUGUGUGUUUCAGGUGACCCUGAACGUGGGCCCGAAUCAGGACCUGGCCAUCCUACACGAGGUGCAUCAGACCAACGCUCGGACCAAGAAGGUCCAGGGGGAGCUGAAGACCCUGAAGGCCAAGAUCUACGGCCUGGAGAACGACCUCCGAUACAGC